AUGUUUAUUUCUCUCGCUUUCCUCGCGCUGGCAAUGGCACGGACAGCCUUUGGGCUGACCGGAGUCAACUGUACGCAUCCAACGGCAUUCUAUGACCAGACCAUCGACCACAACGCCACCAAGAGUGGGACUUUCAAGCAACAAUACCAACUUAUCAUGGACCACUACAAACCGGGCGGUCCCAUUCUCUUCUUCCAGGGAGCAGAGACCGCGAAUAUCUCUUGCUUGGAACUGACGGUCUUGGAAGACUGGGCACCGACCUUGGGCGCUGCCGUUGUGCAACUCGAGCACCGGUUCUUCGGCGUCAGCAAUCCAAGCAACGCCGCCAAUGUCAAAGAACGCUAUGCGACCCUCACGCUGGAGAAUGUUCUCCAAGACUCUGUCUCCUUUGUCGAAUAUUUGAAGAAGAACAAUACCAAACUGCGCAAUGCCAAGGUGAUUGCACAUGGCGGCUCGUAUGGGGGCUCGCUGUCUGCCAUGCUGCGACUCAACCAUCCACAGACUUUCUAUGGCUCCAUUGCCUGGGCUGGACCGACGGAGGGCCUCGGACCGGAUUCCGCAAACCCGGCGCGUGGAAAUUGGUACACCGUUCUAUCGAAUAUCUACUCGACCUAUUCCGCGGAGGCCGCUGCCAAAAUAAAAGCUGCUCUUGCAACCUUUCACGGUUACAUCAAGACUGGGACCAACUACGAGGACCUCGCCCACGGACUCAACCUCUGCGAGGUGCCCCAGAACAAGAGCGACCUCGACUUCAUCUACCAGACGCAGAUCCUCAAUGCGUACACGGCCAACUCGCAGUUCAGCUUCGGCGUCCUGCCGGGCCUGCCGGGGCUGACGGCCAACACGUUCGACCAAGCGCUCAACCUGACGCUCGCGGCCACGGGGGCCCUCGAGGUCCUCAACGCCAGCCUCUCGGUCCUCUUCAACGGCUCGUGCGUGGACUGGGCGGGCCAGAACGCCUUCGGCCUGGCCGGCGCCGAGCAGCUGCCCUUCCAGUACCUGGAGUGCCGCUACUUCCCCAUCGCCGCCGACCUGGUCGCGGCGGGCACCAUCUUCCCCGCCGGCGCGCUGGGGUACAGCAGCGACCGCGCCGCCUUCUGCGCCCAGACCUUCAACAUGACCAUCCCGACCCACGGGCAGUUGGCGGCCAAGUACCACUUCACCACCGCCGACCUGCUGGCGGCCACGCACCUGCUCUUCACGUUCGGCACGCUCGACCCCGUCUCCGGCUGGGCGCCGUGGGAGCUGUACGCGAGGAUGACCCCCAACCGCAACGCGUCGAGCCUGAUGGUCGUCCCCGAGGGCGGGCACACCGAGGACUCAUUCAACCCCAGCUUCCUGACCAAGCCGGGCGUGCUCCAGGCGCAGAAGUUCCAGCUGGAGUAUAUCAAGGAGUGGCUUGGCAUCACCGCCUACUAG